AUGAUCGGAAACAGACCGUCUAAAGAAAUGUACAAAGAUCGCGUAUAUUUGCUUGCACUACAUUUCAUAAAGGAGAGCAAAGAUCUAAUUGGAGGUAUAAUGCUAUUCAAUACAGUAGACACGGCUGCAUCGAUGUGUGAAAAAUUAUUGGAAGAUAUGCCAUCAUAUAUUAGAUUAGAUACUUGUCAAAAUAUGCUAUGUUUUGAUAAAGAAAAAAGUUCGGCAGGAAGGGUUGUCAUUACAUUUCUUGGCGUCGAUGGGACUAUUAAUUUGCAAAAAGAAAUAGACGAUUUUUUUCAACCAAUUACAAAAUUCUGUGUAUCAAUAAAUUGUAAUUGCUCAAGAGAAGUGGUUACAAAACCAACCAAUCAUAUAGUAGUGGAACUAUUGUCAAUACCAAAAGGUUUUAGAGCUUCCGGUAAAUAUAGUCAUCUUGAAAAUACAAAGAAAAUUUCACAAAAUUAUGCAGGAAAGGUUUGGUUGAAACUUGGAGAUAUUAGCAAGACAAUAACAAUUAAUGGAGAUGUGUACAAUUUAAGAGGGGUAACUGCUUUUGAUGGAUCGGCAAGAGAAUUAAGACUCAUAGCAUAUGAUUUGAGAUAAAAUGAUCAAUGGCAAUGCUAUGACGAUUUAAAGGAUCAAGUAUCAACAAAAUCAAAAAGUUUUAAAGUUAAUGCUGAAAUUUUAUUUUAUACAAAAUAA